AUGGUUGUGAUUUGGCUGUGUAUUUGUGCUUCCAUACUAACUGUAUCUUCGCACCCUAUUGGCGAAGGUGAACAAGAAUCAGGGUAUACCAACGUUGACAACCAACUAGAGUAUUUACGUGGAAAGAGGUUGAAUAACAAUGUCUACGCUAUCACGCCUUGCGCUGCCGCCGCCGCCGCCAACUCUCAAGCAAGAAUUCCUGACCAAUACUUCCCUGAAGCCAGAUAUUACGUCCCUAAUACUUAUGGAUACGAAAACACGUACAGAGUAGAAGACCCGUAUAAAGAUGCGAGAGAAAUGUUGAAAUUUUCUGACACCAAUUUCAUGGAACCAGCGAGAUUCGCCUACAGGAUGGCCCCUACCUACGUGCCUGUUAACACAAAUGAAAUCCCAGCUGCAACAGCUGCGUAUGGAAUAUUCCCAAAUGCUAAUAUGGGAACUUGUAAUGUACCCCUACUUUUUAGCUGUUCCCCUUCGGUGGUCACUGGGCAAAUGGUGAAACCUGAGACGCAAGUGUAUGGCAGUCCCCCAGUCUCUCCAGGGGUGCCUUCACAUCCAGACGGCUACCGUGGCGUUGACGACCAUUACCAAAGAAUCCAUGCAAACCAAGAGCAAGCUAUGUACGAUACUCUAACCCCAGUUAAAAAAGUCCCCGCAGCUCAUUCGAAUGAAAAAUUAACGUGAAUAUGAUUGACUUGUAUUGUUUUUAAUUUAUUGUAUUUUUGUUUAAUUUAGUUUUUUUAGGAUCAAAAGAUUAGGAUUAAUAAUGAUGACUGCAUUUAAUUAAUUUUAAUCGCGAAUAAAAGUGUUUUAAUUUGUAAUGUAGUGCUAUUUUUUAGUUUUAAGUUGUAGCUGUAUAAUGUAUUAGUGUGUAGUUUGUAGUUAUAUGUAACAAAUGUAUUCAGAUGGAAGAAGAUGGUAUAAAUAAUUAAUGUAUCUAAUAAAGUUUAUU